GUCCACUCUGAUUGGCUGCACAACUCCGGCAGGGACAGGCUUUGUGUUUGGCUCCCCACAGAUGCGAGGAGGAGUAGUCCCUGUCAUCAUCUGUGAUGCUGUCCAUUAAGAAGUCAGACUCAGGCUCUUCCUCUUCCUCAGGGAGUAACGGCGGUGACCGUGCCCCCGAAAACCUCUCUGCCCCUCAGGCUGGUGCAGCAGGUACCUCUGGUUCAGGUUCUGCAGAUGUGAAAAAGAAAGAGAGAUCCUCACCGAGCGGAGAACCAGGCGGACCUCCUCUCUCACAUCCUCCUGGACCAGGAGUUGUUGAUCAGGACUCUGCAGAGGGACGCAGGACUAGUCGCCGCAAGCGAGCAAAGCAGGUGGAGUACAGGGAGAUGGACGAGAGUCUUGCAAAUCUUUCGGAGGACGAGUAUUACUCAGAGGAGGAGAGGAACGCUAAAGCCGAGAAAGAGCGAAAGCAGGUGAUUCCUCCACCUGCCCCACCGGUAGAGGAGGAGAAUGACAGCGAGCCUGAGGAACCAUCAGGUGUGGAGGGGGCUGCCUUCCAGAGCCGUCUCCCAAAUGACCGUAUGACAUCACAGGAAGCUGCAUGUUUUCCUGACAUCAUCAGUGGACCACAACAUACACAGAAAGUAUUCCUUUACAUCCGGAACCGCACACUUCAGCUCUGGUUGGACAACCCCAAAGUCCAGCUGACAUUCGAGGCCAGCGUGCAGCAACUAGAUGCACCAUACAACAGUGAUGCUGUCCUGGUGCACCGUAUACACAGCUACCUGGAGAGACAUGGGUUUAUCAACUUUGGCAUCUACAAGAGAGUAAAGCCUCUGCCAACUAAGAAGACAGGAAAGGUGAUAGUAAUUGGAGGCGGGGUGUCAGGGUUGGCAGCAGCACGGCAACUGCAAAGUUUUGGAAUGGAUGUAACUGUUCUGGAGUCGAGAGAUCGUGUUGGAGGACGAGUGGCCACUUUCCGAAAAGGGAACUAUGUAGCUGACCUGGGUGCUAUGGUGGUGACUGGUCUUGGUGGAAACCCGAUGGCAGUAAUCAGCAAACAGGUCAACAUGGAGCUGGCCAAGAUCAAACAGAAGUGUCCACUCUAUGAGGCCAAUGGACAGGCUGGAGAGCGCUGCACAAGUGUCCCUAAAGAGAAGGAUGAGAUGGUAGAGCAGGAGUUUAAUCGUCUGUUAGAGGCCACAUCGUACCUCAGCCACCAGCUCGACUUCAACUUUCUCAACAACAAACCUGUGUCUCUGGGACAAGCCCUGGAAGUUGUCAUUCAGCUGCAGGAGAAACAUGUGAAAGAUGAACAGAUUGAACACUGGAAGAAAAUUGUGAAGACUCAAGAGGAGCUCAGAGAUCUUCUCAACAAGAUGGUGGCUUCUAAGGAGAAAGUGAAGGAGCUGCAUCAGCAGUAUAAAGAGGCCAGUGAAGUAAAGCCACCUAGAGACAUCACAGCUGAGUUCCUGGUGAAGAGCAAACACCGAGACUUGCAAGCACACUGCAAGGAGUAUGAUGAGCUGGUGGAGAUGCAGGUUAAACUAGAGGAGAGACUGCAAGAGCUGGAGGCCAACCCACCUAGUGAUGUAUAUCUGUCUUCGAGAGACAGACAGAUUCUUGACUGGCACUUUGCCAACUUGGAGUUUGCCAAUGCCACUCCUCUCUCAACGCUCUCACUCAAACACUGGGAUCAGGAUGAUGAUUUUGAGUUCACUGGGAGUCACCUAACUGUGCGGAACGGAUACUCGUGUGUUCCUGUGGCACUGGCCGAGGGCUUGGACAUUAAACUCAAUACUGCAGUUAGGCAGGUCCGAUACACGUCCUCUGGUUGUGAGGUGAUCGCGGUAAAUACUCGUUCUACCACUCAGACGUUCAUUUAUAAGUGUGAUGCCGUGUUGUGCACUCUUCCUCUGGGAGUGAUGAAGCAGCAGCCGCCAGCCGUACAGUUUGUGCCCCCCCUGCCUGAAUGGAAAACUGCUGCCAUCCAGCGAAUGGGCUUUGGGAACCUGAACAAGGUCGUGCUGUGUUUUGAUAGAGUGUUCUGGGACCCCAGUGUUAACCUUUUUGGACAUGUGGGAAGUACGACAGCCAGUCGAGGGGAACUGUUUCUCUUCUGGAACCUCUACAAAGCUCCCAUACUGUUGGCUCUAAUGGCGGGAGAGGCUGCUGGUAUUAUGGAGAAUAUUAGUGAUGACGUCAUUGUUGGCCGUUGUCUGGCAAUCCUCAAGGGAAUCUUUGGAAGCAGUGCAGUACCUCAGCCGAAGGAGACAGUGGUGACUCGCUGGCGUGCUGACCCCUGGGCUCGUGGGUCUUACUCGUAUGUAGCAGCUGGCUCGUCUGGCAAUGACUAUGAUCUCAUGGCCCAACCUAUCACACCUGGUCCUGCGAUACCUGGAGCUUCACAGCCUGUUCCACGUCUGUUCUUCGCGGGUGAACACACAAUCAGGAACUACCCUGCUACUGUGCAUGGCGCUCUGCUGAGUGGGCUGAGGGAGGCAGGGAGGAUUGCUGAUCAGUUCCUGGGGGCCAUGUACACUAUGCCACGGCAAGCCACUGCCAACCCAAACCCACAGCCCUCCCCCAGCAUCUAAUACACCUCUAAACCCAACUCAUGAUGCAGAGAGAGAGAGUGACUUAAGGAUAGUCAGAAAAAACAUGUCUUGGUAGAUAAAUAAGGGGAGGGUCAAUUGAGGACACUGGGUGACUCCUUAGACUGGAAAUGUGUGUGUAAGUGUGUGUUUAUGGGAGUUUGUCUACGUGUAAGAACAUGCCUUUGGGAAAAUUGUUGACUAAUCUGAAAGCUGGAUCUGGGAUUUAAAGAAACCUUUUAUUUAGUUCCCCCCCCUCUCUGUAUAGCUUCACUGGCUUAAGUCUGGGUCAUCUAUAGUGUAAAAGGAAAGGUGGAUGGUCACAGAAGAAUUCAAGAAUGUCGGAAUUUGCAUGGAAUGUUUGCCUGUUUUGCUCCCCAUUAAGGCACAAAAAGACAGAGAAAAUUAUUUAUACUCUCUUCAUCUGCACUCUUGAAAGUCAUUAGUCACAAUGUAUCAUAUGUUUCAAGUCCGAGCAUUAAAAUGAUAACAGUUUGAGGAGGUGAAGGACUCAACUGGCCAGGAGAUGGACAAGAAUGUGUCAAUUGAAAUCCAGACAUUUUGAUGCAUGCUGUCAGUCCAUUCUCUUAUUUUUUCAAAAUAAAACAAAAGAUGAAAAAUAAGACAUUGUCAUAAAUAAUUGUAACUUUGUCCUUUACAUCCAAGUAGGUAUCAUAACUUGCCUUAAUUAAGCUUUUGUUUUUUUUGAAUGCUCUUUUUUUUCUUUUUAAGGAAAACUGUAUUAGCUGGACUGAUCUGUUUUGGUUUAAAAGUUAGAACAGAUUUGUUUUGUUUAGCAUUCUAAAAUUGUAUUUGUUUAAUUUUGAUCAUUUCGAUCCUUUUAUAUUUUGUUAUUAUAAUUUUUUUUAUUAAAGUGAUUAUGAACUGUUGCUUGCACCUUGUCUUGAUCUUUAUGUCCUAUGGUUCUUUAUUUGUGGUGUACUCUUGAAUAAGAAUGUGUUCUGCAUGAGUGAGGUCAGAGGUUAACACUCUGGAUGAUUUAUUUACUUUGCUUCAGUAUCUGUUCCUCUAAUGUAAAGUUUACCUUCUCAUUUGGGUCUUGUCUAUCCUGAUGCUACUGUUGAUAUUGUGGUCAGAUGCCCCGUCUUUUCACUAACCUGCUUUUAACUGCUUGUCUUUGACCCAUUUUUAAGCUUUUCCUUUAGUUUCACGGACAUGGCCCUUUCUAUGUCUUGUUGCCAAUUUUAUCCUUAGUUUCUUCAGUGUCUUCACAUCAUACUAGCCCUGAGGGUUUCUUGGCCCCUCUUCCCUGUUCUGUUGUUGCUAUAAUCUCUCCAGGCCUCUGGCCUUGGCCCUAGUUUGUGUGGUGUGGGUCCUGGCAGCUGCACUAUACAGUAUUGUGGGAGUCUGGGACCAGAGCUGAUAUUAGCCCCAGCAGUUUGGUUUGUGAUUAGAGCCUUGUGCUGCCUACACCACAACACCAUAACCAUAUUCUAGUUUAUAAUGCUGCAGUUGUCCAGUAUGGUUUUGAUAAUAGGAGCAUAUUAAGUUAGUUUACCACUGAGCCGAAUCUCCCCCGAUCACAUGUAUUUCAUAUUAUGGUAUUUAGUUGAUGCUUUUAUCUUAAGCUGUUAACUGCAGGCAAAUUCAGAACCAUCAAGUCCUCCGAGUUCAAGAUUUAGUGACUCCUAUAUCCACAACAUUAACUGUUAUAGCAGGAAAUUGUGAGAGCUACACAGCUUCAGGACAGAUUUCAGAAUCUCAUUGUGUGAAAUCUGAAAUCAAAAUUUAUUUUAUCCCCUUGACAAUUACAACUUGUAAUUGAUCUCUCAUUCAUAAUUUUAACACCUU